AUGGCCGAUCCGCUAGUAGUAUUCAUCACCGGCGCUGGCAGAGGUAUCGGAUUUGCACUGACCCAAGCUUACCUUUUACAACCGAAUUGUACUGUUAUCGCAAGCACCCGCAAAGAAUCUGCGGAGCUGAAGGCUUUAUCAACUGAAAAUGGGUCCAAGCUACUUCUAUUAGAAGCCGCCGGCAUCCGCUAUAUCGACGUCGUCAUUGCUAACUCUGGAGUGAGUCCACCGGUAGACCCGCUUGAUACGGUCGAUCUGGAAGAGAUGUCGACCACCUUCAAAAUCAAUGCCCUCGGCCCUCUAGCAUUAUUCCAAGCCACCAAGGACUUACUUCAGAAAUCAAGUAAUCCGAGAUGGGUGUCUGUCAGCAGUGCCGCGGGUUCCAUCAGUGCCAUGGAGGCCUUUGGGGCCUACAUCGCGCCCGCUUACAGCGUCUCCAAAGCGGCAUUGAAUUGGAUAACCCUAUCGGCACACUGUGGUAAUCAAUGGCUGACUGCUUUCGCUGUGAACCCCGGUCUUGUUGCAACUGAUAUGGGCAAUAAAACUGCCAAGUUCUUGGGACUAGAGAAGGCACCCUAUACCCAGGAGUACUGUGCCGAGCAUAUUAUCAAUCUUAUUGAAAAGGCAAGUCUUGAGAGCACGUCUGGAAAGUUCAUUGACGCCAUCAAGGGCGAAGAAGUCCCCUGGUAA